UAUUUUGAUAUUCACUUGAGUUGUUUGUUGGUGUCAAAGUUUCAAACGCGUCAAAGUUAAAAAGGGAAAGAUAAGAAAAUAGUACUGAUAGUAAUAGGCAAAGGCAGAGGAAAGGGAACAAUUGGAGUGCACGAAAAUCAUUAGCCACAGCCCUAACCCCCCCGACGCCUUCCAUCGCAUCGCCUCCUAAAACACCACACAUCAAAACGACCGUGUUUCGGAGCAAUCAAUGUAAAAUCUAUGGACAAUAACGACGAAUCUUUAUUCUCUCUCCGUCGUUGUUUGUUGCAUCAUUAAUAGUAGAUGCCAAUGGAUCCGAAUCCGCAAGCCUCCGUGGAGUCCGACCCGGACCCGCUUCGCGUGAAGAGGAAGACCCUUGAGGCCGUGCUCUUGCAGUGUCAGAGAGCUCUCGAAUUGAUUAACGCUACUUCUUCUACUGCUGCUGACGUGGACGAAGAGGAUUGCGAGAUUGAAGGUGAAGCCACUGCUUCAGCUGAUCCCGAUGCCGACGAGUUAUGUGAUCUGCUGAAAUCUAGAGUUGAAUGCCCGGCCUUUCUUCAACAGUUGGAGUGUGCUCAGGCUUCAGUUUCACAGAAUAUAGAUGAAGAAGGUAAUUCCUGGGAUAUGGUUAGCAAAAAUGAUCUCUGGGAAGGUGAACGUGCUGACUCAGAGCAAGAAGAUUAUGUCCUUGUUAGACAAGAAGAUAUAGUGGAGGGCAUUGCAUGUUUCAUGGCUGCAUAUUUGCUAUCCUUAAAGCAGACUAAGGAUUUGACCCCUAUCCAACUCCAGAGUGCGCUUAGCAAGACAUUCUCAGUGAAAAAGAAAAAGGGAAAGCUACGAAAGGCUUGGGAUGGGAGCAAAGUUAUUUAUAAUGUUGCAUCGUGGGGGGCUACGGCCAUAGGGAUAUAUCAAAACCCUGUUAUUCUCGGGGCUGCAACUAAAGCAUUCUGGACUUCAUGUCAUGUUAUAUCAAAGCUUCUCUGAUUUGCCCGUGCAGCUUGCGGCUUGUAGCAAAGUUGUGAUGUAGUAAUUUAACUCUUGUUCCCCUGCUUGUGCUGCAAUUUAGCUUGGCGUCCCAUGCCAUGAUCGUCUUUGAUUUAAAAUUCAAUUUCUUUGCACCACAGAUCAAUUGAUUUUAACACUGUUUGACAUUGUAAAUAUUACUACUCAAAUGAUUCCGAGUGCAAUUCAAAACUCAAGCCUUAAACAUAAUCUCCCUCCACGUCUGAGAACUAAA